AUGAAUUCGUUAGGUAACGAAGAAAACGCUGCUCUUCUUCUAGCAUCAGCUGAUGAUGAUGGUAAUGAGCUAAGUCAAUCUUCAUCAAGAGUUAAACAAGAUAAUAUUCCAAUAGUUUCUAAACGUCCAAAAACUUAUCAACGUCAUCGUCCUAGUAGAAGUCAUCCUGUUUUAAUUUUUCUUCUUAUUUUAUGUGCAUUUAUACUGGGAUGCGUCAGUGGUGUUGCUAUUUUACUUUAUCGAAUGUCUCAAGAUACUGAACAAUCCGCAUCAUCGUUUAUUAAUUCACCAUCUUUAACAAAAAUUGAUUUAACAAUACAAACAAAAAUUUUCCAAUCAAUAAUAAAAACAAAUUUUCUUAAUCUUAAUCGUUCAAUUGAAUCUGAAAAUGAUGCUGCAAAUAAAUUAGAACAAAAUUGGCAAUCAUUAUCAAAUAUAUUUACUCGUGUGAAUAAACUUUCAUAUGAUUUAACUCUUUCAACAUAUUCUCCAUCAACACAAUGGAGUGGUAUUCAAUUACUUGAUAAAACAAAUGAUAAAGAACUAGCCAAAUUUAAUCUUUUACCAACAAAUGAUUAUUUAACAUUUUCAUCAUUUAUUAAAUCUGGAAGAAUAAAUGCAAAUUAUAUUUAUUAUGUUAAUUAUGGUCGACAAGAAGAUUUUGCUUAUUUAAUUAAUAAUAAUCAAAUACAAUUUGAAAAUAAUGAUCAUACAAUUAUUUUUAUGCGUAGAAAAUCAACAAUUAUUUCUCAAACAGAACAAAUUCGUCAAGCAAUACGUUAUGGUUUUGUAGGACUUGUUUUAUUUGAUGAUAAUGAAUUAAAUCAACAAAUAACAACAACAAAUGAUCGACAAUCAUUUUCUAAUGAAUGGAGAAGACUCUCAACAGAAAAAGACCGACAAAAAUUCCUUGAUGGUAUUUCCAAUGACGAUGAUCGUCAAAUAUCUGUUUUAAUUCUUUCAUAUUCUGAUGUUGAAAAAAUAUUUUCAUCUGAUACAAAUAAAUGGUUAUCAUGUCCAAUUCAAUGGCAUAAUAAAACAACAUCACUUAAAUUAGGUGGUUUACUUCAACAAACAAAACUUAAUUUAAUAACAUUUAUGCAAGAAGUACCAGUACAUUUACCAUUUGUACUUGGUUAUAUACGUGGUACAAUUGAUGCUGAUCGUUUUAUUAUGAUUGGAUAUCAAUUAGGUAGAAAACAGCAAGAAAAAAUUAUUAACGAAAUUAUUCUAGCUUAUGAAAAUCAAAUAAAAAAUGGUUGGCGUCCAAGACGUUCAAUUAUAUUUAGUGCUUGGUCAGGUUUAUCAUAUGAUCAUUAUACAAUACGUCGUUGGAUUUCAGAUAAUUAUCGUCUUAUUGAUAAAAAUUUAAUUGCAUAUAUUGAUCUUGGAAAUGGUAUUAUUGGAAAUUCUACACUUAAUUUACAUGGUUCACCAUUACUUCAACAAAUUGCUCAACGUGCUGCUGAAUCUGUUGUUAGUCCACUUAUUCAUAAUCAUACAUGUCAUCAUCGUCAAAAACAAGUAACAGAAACACAUUCACAUGUUCAUCGAAGACGACGUGAUGAAGGACAUGAACAUCAUAGUGAAAUAAAUCAACAAAAAGAAGAAACUGAAUGUGAACCACAUAAAUUAUUAGAUGAAUGGAUGAGAGCUAGUAAAAAUAGAAUUGGAUCAAAUAACACUUUAGGUAUCAUUCAAAUGAUUGAUAUGGAUUCAUCAGCAGCAUUAUUUCAAUUACAACAUGGAAUUCCAUCAAUACUUAUUGAAAUGACUGAUGAACAGGCAUUAACAAAUGAUACAUUUUAUUUACAAAAAUCUCCAACUGUUUUUAGCAAUGAAAUCACACCAGAAGUUAUUGUGGCUUAUGCACAAUUUGUAUCUGAAAUAAUUCGACAAUUAAUUGAUGAGCCGUUAAUACCAUUUAAUUUAACUGAUUAUGCUAAUUUAAUUGAUAGACAGAUGGUUGAUUAUUUUGCUCAUUAUGAUAGAGCAUAUCAUGCAUUAGGUUCUCAUCUUGGUGAUUCUAGUGAAAUGAUGAAACUAAUCAAUGAUUUAACAAAAACUAUUCGACAAAUUCAAUCACAUAUUGAUCAAACAUCUAAGAAUGACUAUGUUAGUUUUCAAGUAUUGAAUGAAAAACUUAUGGAAUUCGAACGUCUAUUUAUAACUGAUGAUCAAUUACGUCGAAUGAAUACAGCAGAUGAAACAUACAAACAUGUUUUCAUUGGUCCAGCUUUUGGUCUUACAAAUACCGUUGUACCAUUUCCAUCAUUAUCAAAUAUUUUAUUCGGUAUUGGUAAUGAUCCACAAACAGAAUUAUGUGAUGCAUCAAAAUUAUAUUGGUCAAAAUUAAAACAACAUUUUAGAUUAAUUACACGAACAUUAAAUGGACUCGAUGGUCUUCUUUCAAAUUCUUGA